CGAUCAAUAUUAAUAGUUUCUGAAAGAGAGGUUAUUUGAACGCUUAGAUUAGGAGCAGUUAACUAUACGAUAAAACCAUACGGAAUAAAUUAAAAUGAUGAAUUCCACUGAAUUAAGACACAUUAAGACGUAAAACUAAGACCUCAUUAUCCAAGAUGACGGAUAAUUAUAGAGCUAAGUAUGAUGUUAAGCAAAUGCUGCGUUAUCUAGCAGACGGUACACCAAUAAGCCCGCGAACUUCACCACGCUCAACAGAUCUAUCACGCUCUGACGAACGCCUUCGAGAGAAGUAUGACGAACUUAACAAUCUUAUGCUCUCUCAUAUCGCCCAGAGGAGAACAAUCGGACAUCUUUAUUCUUCAUAUGAUUUGGAUUUUAAGAAAGUCAGCUCUGAAAAUAACAAAGCGAAAAGGAUUGAUAAAGAAAGUCGAAAAUUGAAAGCUUCUGCAAAACGAGUAACGGAAAUAAUUGAUCAAGGCAGAGGAGUUCGUUUGAAAAUAUGGGAAAUGCCGAGCGAUUCCGAAUCCGAAAAGGAAGUCGGGGACAGGUCGGAUGACGAUAAUAUAGAAACUGAGGGUGAAGAAUAUAAUGAUGACGCAAGCGAACAAACGUGUAAUUCCACAGUAACAAUUCGUGAAGUGGACACUGAUGGAGAAGAAAUCGAAUCAGAAAGUGAAAAAGCUAGCACAUCUUCAAAAACAAAACACGUUUCUUUUGCAGAGGAACCUAAGGGUGACCCCAUACCACGUUUUGAACUUAACUCACUGGAAGCCCUGAUUUUGAAAGACAUUUUACGCAAUCACAGAAAAACGCCAAAAUACACAACUUUAGGAGCUUCGUCCCAGUCCAAGACAACAUCAGGAAACAGUCAGCACAGGUACAUAUCUAGGAAAAGGACUUCGCGUAAAAAGAAACCCACCAAGAAAGACUCAAAACCAUCAGAAAGGUCUCCGAGGCAAAAAACAAAAUGUGUUUUGGAUAACAGUCUUAACUCAUCGUCCAAUAUAGAUGUCCGAAGGUGGAUUCAAGAAAAGAAUAAAAUAGCUCGUAAGAAAUUGAAAGAGGAACGGAGAAAAGAGCGCGAAGAAAUGCAGAAAGAGCAGGAAAUGUUGAACGCAAAAACCGCUAGACUACUCGAAUCCGGAGACAAAUUUGAAAAGUGGCUCCAUGACAAGAAAAAAGAGACUUUGCAGCAUAGGAAACUCCGGCAACGCGUAGAUGAGAUUCACAAGAGAAACGCUGUGUUAGAAAACAACAGUAGAGAAACUUCAGACCGACGUAUGAAUCAAACCAAAGAACAAUUUGAAAUACGGAGAGCAACAAUCAAACGACGCCAACGUCGGAUCGGAAAACGCAAAAAGGGGGAAGACGAAAACGCCGUCUCAAAGGAAAAGGAUAACAAUGGAAAACCAUUUCUGCUUGAACCUGCAGCCGCGAGACUAAUUGAUGAUGAGAAACUUCAAGCAAAGGCUGCUAAAAAGAAACUUGGUGUUUCUGUAAGAGGAACGUUAAAUAAGGCAGCAAAAGAACUAAAAGCCGAUGACAAAACGCUUAGCAUAGAUGCAGAGGAUUUGAAAAGUUCUAAAGCCAAAACACCAAAUGGAAGCCGAAAUCUUAGAAAUAAAUCAGAGAAGAUAACUGAACGGAAGAAAGAUGAUAAAUGUUCAGGUCAAAGGUCAGUAAUUAGUCAACAAGUGCCUAAAAAUAUCGAUUCUAUCGACGAAGUUCGAAAAACAAAGAGAAUGACGUACAAUGCAUGGAUAAAAAUCAAACGAGAUGGAGAUAAUAACAAGAAACACGAAGAGAAAUCAAAACAGAAUGUAGACCCAGACUUGGAAAGACUCCUUCCAACUCUUGCAAAGGAGCGUAUUCGAAGGGCAACGGAAUCGAAGAAAUUUACGGACACGGGACCUCUAAACACUCCAUCUCCUCCUACUGCGUCUCGGCCUCCUUAUAGAAAAUACCCGGAAACCUUAAACACACACAAAGUAGCGCCACACAGACCUAGAUCCGCGACAGACUUCAAAAGAAAUGAAAUAAAUGAUAAUUCAAUCCAAAGACCUGCAAGUGCGCGACCCGGAUCAUACCGUAGGUCCAGGAUAAAUCGUGAUUUGAACAUUGUUCUCGAAGGCGAGAGGCCAGAACCGCAAGGUUGUGAGAUUCCUGAUGGUAGUUUCUGCCAUGACUCGAACCAAGCACGACCAAGUAGUGGUAUACCUAUUGACAAUCAUGAAGACAUCAUCAGUAAGAAACAUUCAGAAAGAGAACCUGGAGAAAGUAAUUCUGAACUAGACGUUUUGAACUCGAACAAUGUGUUCAUUACUGCCUAACACGACCAGCACUACCCUUUAGGGUUGCACACACCAUGCCCAGGGGCGGAUCCAGGGAUGUCCGAAGGGAGGGGGAGGGGGCGAAAGGGGCCCAAAAGUGGGGCUGAUCUAGACAAUAUUACCAUAGGGUGUUCGGGGGCAUGUCCCCGCAUUUUUUUUUCUAGACGCCCGAAAAUAACCUCUGAGGCGUUUUGGGCGAUCAAUGAUUUCAUUUUGGUUUUCUUUCUUUUUUUUUUUUAAUUUCCAAAAGGAGGAGGUGGCAUCCCCGGCGCCCGUGAGGUUUGUCUGGUUUGUGUGUCGAACUAUGCUGAGGUGGAAGUGUACGGGGCACGGGGGUUUUGGGGCUGUAAUGGUUUCUAUCUCUUUGUGUUUACCGGUGCCUAUGUUUUCUGGAAUUUGUCAGAAACAUAUCCGUCUAUAGUGAUCUAUGUGUGCCAUUUUUGUGUGUGAGUGUUUAGAAAACACAAACGUUAUUUGAAUAUAGAAAUAAAUACUUUAAUUUACCUUUACUCAUCGUGCAAUCUAUAUUUUUAGUAAGCAUGUAUAUUUCUUAAAACAACAAUUUUAAAAUUCUAUAUGAUUCUUGUGGCAGUAUAGAGAUAUAUUUAUUUUGUUCCACAUUCUUUAAUCAAUCUAAUCUAUAAUUAGGCCUAUUUGUAACGCUUCAUUAAAUUUCAUACACACAAUUAAUGCUAUAUUUUGUACACCUAGUGAUUUAGAUACAAGGAUUGGUGAAAUCAGCAUCAUUUUAAAUACCCUAUGCACAUUUUGUAAAUAAGAACAUAAAACGAAAAAGUGAUUUAUAUAGGCAUUUUGUUUAGAAAUUCCUACCGAGUAUCUUGGUCAUCGAGUCUAAUAACCAAUUACUAUUUCAUAAAGCGGGAUGCAUGUUUCGACAAUCGCAUGCCAACUUAUUUGAUAAUCGCACCUAUAAAAUUAUUUUAUUUUGACAUGAUACAUACGAGUACCUAUAAGUAUUGCUCGGCCACUGUUUUAAUAAGCUUUCUAAAAUAGACUAAUACUAUAGUAUGAACAAAACAUUUUUUUUAUCAUCAAUGACUUCAAAGUCUAUAUAUAGCCUAUUUCAGCAUAAUUUUAUUUUUCGAGAAAGGAAAUAAUAAAUGCAGCGAACACAAAUCGUUAUUAUAACGUUAGUGAACACUGUGCUUAGGUUAACGUCAAUACAACAUUUUAACAACGUUAACAAUGUUAUUUAGUAGUAGAUCACGUCAUAAACUUCUAUUUAUACUUCUACACAAAAACGUUUUGAGCUUAAACUGUAACGUUAAUAUAACGUUACUAUAACGUAAUAAUAACGCUAAUAUAACGUUAUUGAAACGCUAAAUUGGUUCAAAAAAGAGAAACCUUUGAUUCAAUUAUUGAAAAUUUUAGAAAUCAUGAUUAUGUGUGAUAAUUAUUGUGAUUGGCUAGAAAUCGAUGUAAGAAUAAGUUGUCGAAAUAUAUUGUUUACAAUGACUAGAUGUGUCAUGAUAUCUAAAAGUAGUGUAUAAAGUUCACUGCACUUUUCUCAACUUGCGUUACCAAAUUCAUGUGCAGUUCUACAUUCUGGCUAAACACAGUACUUAUUUAUCAAUCUGACCAAAAUUGUCUUUGCAGCGUUAAUAAUAUUCGCUACAUCAAUGAUUUCGUGGCUGACACACUGUGAGAAAUUGUUGACUCGUUACGUUACGAUAUUUCUUCGUUUACAGUUUUCAAUUUCCCAAGGUUCAUUUCCACAUUUCAGCUUUUUGGGGUUUUUUGCAAAAGAUAUUUCCCCAAGAAUAAGCCCAAAAUGGAAAUAAUAAACCAUGCCAAUAUGUAAAAUGACGAAUAAAUUAUGACGCACCGAAAA